CACUGCCCUACCGGAGCUGUGUGGCUGAGCGAAGUGAAUGACGUCUCUGCAUUUGCGGGCCGCCGACGCAGGGCUGGGUUUCCAUUUUCAGAGCGAGUUUCGGGGGGGAUCGUCAACAUGGAGCCGGAGAUGGAGGACAAAACGUUGGAACUGAUGAACACAUCAGGGAUGGAGCCGCAGAACCUUGUGGACGAUCUGUCGCCAAAGAAGACCACAGUUAUCAAGCUUAGUAACGGCCCUGUUGUGGGGUCCCGCAAGCGUCCAUCGGAGGGAAACUAUGAGAAGGAGAAAGAUAACUGCAUCGUACUGUUUGACCAGUGGUCAGAGGCCGACCAGGUGGAGUUUGUCGAGCGACUGAUCUCCCGAAUGUGCCACUAUCAGCAUGGCCACAUCAACUCCUACCUCAAACCCAUGCUACAGAGGGACUUCAUUACUGCGCUGCCAGCCCAAGGCUUGGAUCACAUAGCGGAGAACAUCCUGUCUUUCCUGGAUGCACGCUCGCUGUGCUCGGCAGAGCUGGUGUGUAAGGAGUGGCAGAGGGUCAUCUCGGAGGGUAUGCUGUGGAAGAAGCUCAUCGAACGCAUGGUCCGCACCGACCCGCUCUGGAAAGGCCUGUCUGAACGACAUCAGUGGGAGAAAUACCUGUUCAAGAACCGAACAUCGGAAGUCCCACCCAAUUCCUACUAUCACUCCUUGUAUCCCAAGAUCAUCCAAGACAUAGAGACUAUUGAGGCUAAUUGGCGGUGUGGCAGACACAACUUGCAGAGGAUUCAGUGUCGCUCAGAAAACAGUAAAGGGGUUUACUGUCUCCAGUACGAUGAUGACAAGAUCAUCAGUGGCCUUAGGGACAAUUCCAUCAAGAUCUGGGAUAAGCAGUCACUGGAGUGUCUGAAGAUACUGACCGGUCACACAGGCUCAGUGUUGUGUCUGCAGUAUGAUGAGAGGGUCAUCGUCACCGGGUCGUCUGACUCGACUGUCAGGGUGUGGGAGGUAAUGACGGGUGAGGUACUUAACACACUGAUCCACCACAACGAGGCAGUUCUUCACCUGCGCUUCGCCAACGGUCUGAUGGUCACCUGCUCCAAGGACCGUUCAAUUGCAGUUUGGGACAUGGCCUCACCCACUGACAUCAGCCUACGCCGGGUCCUGGUGGGACACCGAGCAGCUGUCAACGUGGUCGACUUCGAUGACAAAUACAUUGUGUCCGCCUCAGGGGACCGCACCAUCAAGGUAUGGAGCACCAGCACCUGUGAGUUUGUGCGCACUCUAAAUGGUCACAAGCGGGGUAUUGCCUGUCUACAGUACAGAGAUCGUCUGGUGGUCAGUGGCUCAUCUGACAACACAAUCCGGUUAUGGGACAUAGAAUGUGGGGCAUGUUUGCGAGUCCUGGAAGGUCAUGAGGAAUUGGUGCGCUGCAUUCGCUUUGACAACAAGAGGAUCGUCAGCGGCGCCUACGACGGUAAGAUCAAGGUGUGGGACCUGCAGGCAGCACUUGACCCACGAGCCCCCGCCAGCACAUUAUGUCUGCGCACUCUAGUGGAGCACUCUGGCCGCGUGUUCCGUCUCCAGUUCGAUGAGUUUCAGAUCAUCAGCAGUUCUCAUGACGACACCAUUCUGAUCUGGGACUUCCUGAACGUCUCAACCAACGGGCAGUCAGAGGGACGGUCUCCCUCCCGCACCUACACUUACAUUUCUAGAUAGCAGGUGGCGCCGUCCACUGCACCCUUCCUUGGAGGAGCCCAGGGCUGAUGGGCUGAUGGAUGCAUCCAUCAUGGAAAAGGAGUCCAUCUCCUCUCUUUCCUCUUCGUCAUCUCUCUGUCCACUUCCCCACCCUGCACCCCGCCACCUCACCCCUCCUCAGCCCGUUCUGACAGACUCUAAAGCUUGUGCCCAUGGCCUGCCCAGUACGGUGACAUGUACACACAGACACGCACAUAUACACACAGGUCAACACUGAUGAGGACGCCCUACUACGCAACCAAUGCAACUCUCCCAAGAAGUUCACCUUCAACUCUUAAUUUAUGUUUUGUAAAGUACACUAAUGACAGUAUUACCGUAGAUCUUAUAUAAGUCCCAAGCUCCCUUUUUUCCCUUUGAUAGAAACUUCAAGCAGCUUCUGCUCCUCGGUUUUCAACCCCCUGCCAAAACAGGUUCCCACAGAUAUGGAAUCGCUUAUAGAUAUAUAUUUAUAUAUACAUAUAUAUUACACACAUACACACAAACACACACAGUGGCGCAGUUGGACAGAGGAUGACAGGAGCUGUGAUGCGGGAGACAGAGACUCUUUACUCAGCUCUAGAAAAAGGAGGGGAGGAUGGGAGACGGAGAGAGUGAACGAGGGAGAAUGUUUAGGGAAUGACCUCCCUGCUCCCUCUCACUCCCUCUUACUCUGCCCUGUCUCUCUCGACACCCCCCCGAGCCCCACCUCCCCUUCGCUCCCCCCUUCGCUCUAACCCCCAGAGAUGCACACUUGCUUGGAACACGGGGGGGCACGCACACUCGAGUUUUCGAGUGCGUUUGUUGUAUGUGGACUUAUGUGAAAUGGCCGAACAGAGCAGAAGCGUCAAACAAACAGACAUGCAUGUGAGGUUGCCAUGGAUACAGCAUCCCGGCGCACCUCUGCUUUUUUUUUCUCUAACUCUUACUUUCUUACUGUUUUUUAUUACUGUUAUUUUCUAAUUUUAUUUGAGUAUUUUGGUUCUUAGUACCAACAUCAUACUAAGCGUAGUCCUCUUUCUCUUUCCCUCUCUUUCUCUCUCUCUCUCUUACUGUCUUUUUCCUCCUUUCUUUCUUCUAACUUCCUCCCUUGGUCAUCUGUCCCUCUCACUCCAUCUCUCUCUCCCUCCCAUCAUCUACGUGCUUGCUUUGGUUAUGAGAGAAGCUGGAACUCAAGAGCUCAAAUUUAGCUGUAAACGGAGUUGUCUUGUCAAAAAUUGUGUUGUAUAUUAAAAAUGAUUUUUUAAAGAAGAAAAUGACCUUAUUGUGAAUAAAGUACUUGACAGUG